AUAGAACAAAUAGGAUGGCGUUUCCCAACGUGAUAACACGUAACGGGUGAAUGAUUUAAAAAAAAAAAAAAGAAAGAAACUCACGUCACGCUUUAGAUAGGCGAAUAAAGAAAGUGUAGUUAGGUUGUGUGUGGCUGACCGGAAUAGCACUCCGAGCAGAAGGUCUUUGGGCUUUGGAUUGAGUUCUUAUGGCUGCAAGCGGUAUAAAGGUUAUUUCGCCGUGGCGACUUUUCAGAGCUUCUCAGGUGUUUAGGAUCCCUGGUGUUCAGCUUCACACCACUGGUGCAUUGAUGGGGGCAUCAGUGGAGGACUUCAAUAAUGCCAAGGCUCAACUUGGCACACUAAAGAAGGAUCCUGGCAAUCAUGUCAAACUCAAGAUUUAUGCCCUCUUUAAACAGGCCACACAGGGACCCUGUAACACACCUAAACCAGGAAUGUUAGAUUUUGUGAACAAGGCAAAGUGGGAUGCCUGGAAGUCACUGGAGUCUGUGUCACAGGAGGAGGCCAGGCAGCAGUAUGUGGACCUCAUUAAGUCCCUGGUGAGUGCAGAAGGACCAGCUGUGGCGACACCACCCCCAGAAAGUGCACAGGCCUUUCAGUCCUUAUUGGUCACCACAGAAGAUGGCAUCACCACCAUCCGAUUCAACAGACCAGAAAAGAAGAAUGCUAUCACCUUGGAUAUGUAUAAAGAACUGAUUGAUGCUCUACAUCAUGCUGGAAAAGACGAUUCUGUUAUUACAGUCAUGACUGGCAGUGGUGACUUCUACUGCAGUGGUAAUGACCUGAACAACUUCACUGGCAUCCCACAAGGGGGCAUUGAAAAGAUGGCUAAGGAUUCUGGGGAGUUACUCAAGCAUUAUGUGAAGGCCUACAUUGAUUUCCCCAAACCUUUGAUCGCUGUUGUAAAUGGACCAGCUUUGGGAGUGUCAGUCACAGUACUUGGCCUUUUUGAUGUUGUCUAUGCCACAGAAAGUGCAACAUUCCACACCCCCUUUAGCCAGCUGGGGCAGAGUCCUGAGGGCUGCUCUUCUUACACCUUCCCUAAAAUUAUGGGUAACGCAAAGGCCAGCGAGAUGCUGCUCUUUAAUAAGAAGGUGACUGCCACCGAGGCAUGUAACCUGGGACUGGUGACGGAAGUCUUUCCUGAUGGCAGCUUUCAGUCAGAGGUGUGGACCAGGCUUAAGGCGUAUGCCAAAUUACCCCCAAAGUCUCUGGCCCUGUCGAAGCAGCUGAUCCGCAGCAAGGAGAAGGAGAAACUCCAUGCUGUGAAUGACGCCGAGGUGGAGAGGCUGAUAGAGCGAUGGCUCUCUGACGAGUGCAUGCAGGCCAUUAUGAACUUCUUCCAGGCCAAGCCCAAACUGUGAAGACCCUGCAUUGAGAAAUGUAGUAAAUUUAAUAUACUUCAAUAAGGGAGAAUAUGAUGUCUUCAGAGUGGUAGUAUGACCAGUUUGCCCACAGGAAAGAUAACUUUUUUUUCUGCUGAGAGCAAUUUAAAUUGUUCACUAAAAAUGCCUUCCUAGACUGUCUUGAUUGUUUUUGUACAUCUAUAACCAGUCUGUGUGCCUUACAGAAGAACUCUAUAUAUUUCUCCCCCCCCACACACUUUUCUGCAAAAAUGUCAAUUGAAGAGCAGUGUUAUUCAUAGAGGUGAUCUUUUACUGACUGUAUGUAUGGAAUUAAAAGGAGUGAAAACCAA